AUGGUAAUCAUUACAGAUCACUCUCUUACUCUUCUUACUCAUUUGAUUUCUCUCUCAUUAGUUUCUCUUUCAACACUUUUGGCUUCAUCAUUGGUAAGUCUUCAUUAUCAUGAGUUAAUAAUUAGUAAAUAA